GCCACGGUGGCGACGAUGGAGGCAGCUUCUUCUUCUUCUCUGCGUAUGGUUCCGUCUUUGUGGACCGUUGGGUCAGGAUCUCGUCAGAAGAAAUCGACGGUUAGUUUUGUUUCUCGGGGAAGAAGUAACGGUUUGAUGAUAAGUAACCGACGGUUCAGAACGCCGUCAGCUCUAGGUGAACUCGCUGACACGGUGGCGGAGACAGGCAAAUCGGAGAUUACGUGGCAAAUCAUAGUUGGAGCUGUCGGUAAUUACCAUAAUUUGACUGGUCGUAGUUUCAGCAAAAGAAUAAUUGAACAGAAGAGAUGUGAAGAAUGUAGAGGAUCAGGACUUGUUUUUAGAGACAAGAAAUACUUUCGUUGUCCAGGAUGUGAGAAGACGCAGAGGAAAGAGAAUGAAGGUAAACAGCAGCUGUUAUUUUUGACGUUGCCGGAAUUUGCCAAAUCCUUGUAAUUCCUCCGUUGCCGAAACAAUGAAGGAAUUCCAGUCGCUGGUCGGCGGGGGGCCGGGGGCUAAUGAAUGGAAGCAACUAGCU